ACUCAGAGCUCUCACCACGAAGCCAUGAGUGAGCGUGUUGCUGCAGGCUGGAGUCAUAUGUCCCCGCAUAGGGUUUUACGCGACGAGGAACGCUCCCUUUAAAAUGCAAUGCAGAAAUGAUGAUGAUGAUGAUGAUGAUGAUAAAAAAUAUAUAAUGAAUUCCAAAAAAAAAAAAAAUGGACCCGAUAACUUUAACAGCAGGGGUAGGAAGAGGAGGGAGAGAAAAAAAACCCCGUCUGGCAACAGUCGAUAUUAAAAACAUGCAGAGGGAGACGAGCUCGGGGCCUUCCAGAGUCAGGAAAAAGACGUCGGAGAGCUGCGGACAGGAGAUGGGCACGGCAUCUGGAUUUCCCCCCAGCCCGCUGAUUUGUACAUGAAAACACAGCGCGCGUAUUCUCCCCCCUUCUGGGCUCCGCUUCCGAGUGAUCAGCUGAUGAAGAGACUAGCAGCCCGCCGCUAUGCUGGUCUGCUAAUUCUCUCCCCCACAGCUGCCGCCGACCCUGGGAGCCAGCCUGCGGAGUGCAGUCAGCCUGAGGCAGGAGAAAACGGUUCACUGGAGGACAUGGAGGAGGACAUCAGUCUAAAGAAGCGUAAAGGUGAUCACCAUGGAGAGGAAGGGCUGCAGGCCGGGCUGCAGGCCGGGCUGCAGGCCGGGCUGCAGGCCGGGCAGGAAGCCGGCGAAAAGGUGAAAAGGAAGCGAGGGCGCCCCCCAGUAGAGAAACUGCCUCCAAAUCCACCCGAACUCACCAGAACACUGAACAAGCUUGUUGACAUGGUCAUCAACUACAAGGACGGGUUGGGUCGACAGAUCAGUAAAGGCUUUGUGCAGCUUCCCUCCAAGAAGGAGGCGCCUGAGUACUACGAGCUGAUCCGAAAGCCUGUGGACUUCAGGAGGAUCAGGGAACGUGUGCGCAAUCACAAGUACAGAAGUGUGGGCGAUUUGGAAAAGGAUAUUUUCCUCCUGUGUCACAAUGCUCAGACUUAUAACCUGGAGGGAUCUCAGAUCUAUGAGGACUCAAUUGUCAUUAAGUCUGUUUUCGAGAGUGCAAGACAGAGAAUUGUCACGGACGAGGAACAGAAAGAGGCGGUUAGCACUAGUCACAAUGAUAAUGGCAGCAGAGCUGAAGACCAGUUUGUUCCAUCAGCAGCGGUGAAACCGUCACCAGUCCAGCUAAAGAAGGGGAUUAAGGAGGAGAGAAGCAGAAACACCAUGGCCAAGAGGCUCCACAGUGAUUUAGACAGUGAUGAGGACCUAGACCACAACACUACAAAGGAUGAAGGGUGAACUCUAAGGCCUCAAAGGUCAAUGUUUUUGUAUUCAUGUUCAUGUCUGUUCACUGCCACAGCCCUUUUCAUUGGUUUCCUCAUUUUCUAAGCAAAUUUAAAAAAAAAUAAAACGUCUUUGAAAACAAAACAGGAAAGGCCCACUCAAAGAGAGGCACUUACGGAAUAACGCUUUUUCCUUUUGAUGACUCGUGCCACUCAAACAUGCCUUGCUGCACUUAGUGCUGUUCUUUUAAUUUGACAGUUUUUAUAAUUUCCCUGUGAUUGCUUCUGCAGAUAUUAUGUAAAAAAACUAAAAACAGAAAAAAAAGGGUUUCACUGACUGUUUUUAAUCAGUAUAUUUGAUUGUAUAAAAAGCCUACAUAUGUCUUGGAGCAUGAUCUCGCCUGAAGCUGGCUCCUCCAGGGCAGCAGCCGCUGAAGAUGAUGUGUUCAGGGCGAGGGAAUCGAAGCAGGAAACAGGAACGUCUUUAUAAAGAAAAGAAGAACAAAUGAACACUGCAAGUGUGUUUAAAAUCUCUGAAUUUGAUUGGAGAUUAUAUUUUAGACAAUAAAUAAAAAUACAGUGGCAGUAUGAAUAAAAAGAGACUUGAUUAGAAUAAAACGCUUUUUAUCGGCUUCUGAUGGAAUAAGUUUGGGUCUAAUUGAGGAAACUGAGGUUAAACGUUUUUUCCCCCUUGUGCUGCAGUAUAUUCACAUAUUGUACAGUCUGUGAAAAAAAAGUAAGUAAACACUUAAUUGCUUUUCAUUUAAUCUCCAAGUUGAUGGGGAGGACUGAAGACAUCAUUGUUAAGACAAUCCCUGAAAUCAUGUAUCACCUAAACAUUUGUGAAAUAAAUUUUACCAAAAAGUC